AUGGCCACCAGUUCCACAUCCACAGACCAGGACUGCUUGGCCUUGGUGUGGUUCUGCUUCCGCCUCCUGCAGUUGUUCUCCAGCUGUGUGGCCUUCUGGCUGGUGACUCCUGGCUUUCAGAAGUGGGGCGUAGAUUACGAGGCCAAAAAUACCUGCGCCAUGCUCAUCUGGUUCCUCUCUUUGCCCAUAAGCCUCAUCGUAGUCAUAGUUGAAUUAUGUAAUAUCCAGUCCCACUUUCCUUUCUCGUACCACAUGCCCCUCACAGAUGCCUGCUUCGCCGCCCACGUCUACCUCUCACUGUUCCUCGUCCAGUCUAUCCAGAGAGUCCAGUUUUUGCCUUGGGACCCUUUCAUAAGCCAGGUCAACACUGCCCUAACAUUCACCUCCAUUACGUGUUUCCUUUUUGGUUUCGAAUUGUCCUGCACAUGGAACUGCUACAAGCUCGAAGACCUCACCUGUGCUGUGUACACUGUGCAGGGUGUGCUGAAGGUGCUGGAGAUGUUUGUGGCCUGUGUCAUCUUCGCCUUCAUCAGUAACACUUCCCAGCAUCUGAAGGAGCCAGCUCAUGAGUGGUGUCUGGCCAUCUAUUGCAUCUGCUUCACCCAGGCAACUGUGGCCACGCUGCUGAACCUGGGCAACUGGGAGUACAGGCUGCCCGUCCAGCUGACCCUGCUCUCCGUCCUCCUCUACUCCACUGCUUUGGUCCUCUGCUGGCUCUACCCAGUAGAUAAGAAGAUUAAGGAUAAGCCUGAGGGAUUCUGGGACGUGUACAUGUUGGGGCUCACCCACUGCUCGAGCCGCAGGGACUAUCGACCGGCUUUGGCCAUCCUGACAGCCAUCAACCUGCUGAUUUACGUGGCCGACCUGGUGAUCUCAGCCCACUAG